AAUGAAUGGUGGUUUCUGAUCUCUCUCUGCCCCCUCAAAUUCCAUCAAUUUCUGCUUUCAUUCCUGCAAAAAACCAACCGCAGGAAAAUUCGCGCGAAGAAGAACCAGAAUGGGCGAUCAUCUAGCGAGGGCGGAGGACUUCGAGAGCAAAGCCGAGAAGAAGCUCAGCGGCUGGGGCUUAUUCGGCUCCAAAUUCGAAGACGCAGCCGACUUAUUCGACAAAGCCGCCAACGCUUUCAAGCUCUCCAAAUCAUGGGAUCGAGCGGGAGCAGUUUAUGUAAAGUUGGCUAACUGUCAUUUGAAGUUAGAUAGCAAGCAUGAAGCUGCUAAUGCGUAUGCUGAUGCAGCUCAUUGCUACAAAAAGUGCAAUACACAAGAGUCGAUUUCAUGCUUGGAGGAAUCUGUAAAUAUCUUUCUGGAUAUUGGAAGGUUCAAUAUGUCUGCCAGGUAUUAUAAGGAAAUAGCUGAGUUGUAUGAGCAUGAUCAGAACUUGGAACUAGCUAUCGUGUAUUUUGAGAAAGCUGUUGAUCUCUUCCAAAGUGAAGAAGUAUCAACAUCAGCAAAUCAGUGCAAGCAGAAGGUAGCUCAAUAUGCUGCUCAGUUGGAACAAUAUCAAAAGGCCAUAGAGAUUUAUGAAGAGAUAGCACAACAGUCACUCAACAAUAACUUGCUGAAAUAUGGAGUAAAAGGGCACCUUCUUAAUGCUGGCAUUUGCCAACUAUGCAAGGCUGAUUUUGUCGCAAUCAACAAGGCAUUAGAGCGAUACCAGGAUCUAGAUCCAACAUUUACUGGAACACGUGAGUACAAAUUGCUAGCGGAAUUAGCUGCGGCCCUUGAUGAGGAAGACUUGACCAAGUUCACUGACGCAGUCAAGGAAUUUGAUAGCAUGACUCCACUGGAUGGUUGGAAGACGACGAUGCUGUUGAGAGUGAAGGAAGCUCUGAAGGCCAAAGAACUGGAGGAGGAUGAUCUUACCUAAAUCCACCUUUUCUUGCUCUUCUCGUAUCACUUCUAACACCAUUUUUUCGUUUCUUUUUCAUUUUUUUGUCCUACUGAUGACUAUACCUUGAGUUACAUAUCAUUAUGCCUAUUGCAAAGCAAUAAUGUCAUAAUAAUGUAAAAUCAACUUUUAGAUUGCUGCCUGCCUAUGCUUUUUCAUUGGUGAAAUGCAUAUUUUUGUAAAUACAUAUUGUUUUAUUUUA